CAUUUUUAAGACGCUGUCGCUUUUUCAGACACUAUUGUGUCUUAUUCGUGUCAUUUUUUUAGACUUUUAUGCAAAAUAUAUUGUUUUUAUCAAAUGUCUUUUGACGAGUCGUUUGUUUAUGAUCAUGAAGAAAUCCGAUAAAAUGCAGUUUGCUUCUCUUUUUUCCAAGUUUGUAGGAUUUUGCAAACUUGCAGUUACAACUACCCGUAUUCCGCCGUUUCGUCCCACUUUCUUCGCCCUAGUCCUGCGAAUGUAGGUCUCCCCACUAAGUGUCUGUUACUGCUACCACCAGGUAAUACUUCGAGAUCGUGGGAGGGAGUUGUACGCGAAUGUCAUACUAGCGCUAACACAUUCAGUCGUUCGAUCGGCUAGUUCGGUUUGUUCAACUAAUAGAUAGUGCCUUAUAAUUAUGGACACACCAUUCGCGCGCAAAAAAUCUGAUCAGUCGAUCGAUUCUGGCGAACGGUAUCGGUCAAGUUAAGGAUAUCAAUCCAUUUUUUAACGGACAAUUUUUGCGUAGAGUUUAAAGUAUCUUCGCAAAAUUUACUGUUUUUCUUCCAUAAAAAUACAUAUAUGAUGUGCCAAAUAAUAUUUCAAGUAACGCGACGGGGUAAGUUCGGCUUCAUUUGAAGCAAACUUUUCGAAGGGACCGAUUCAUUAUGUGAGUGUAUUUUUUUUUAUUUUAGAAUCUUCUUCAAAAGAUCGCUAUACGUUUCUGCAGAUGGCUAGAUAAUGUUCAUAUUUGUACGAGGACUUCGAAAAAACUUUGUGCAUCGUAAAGGCAAUUUUAAAACAUAUGAUAUGAAAAAUUUAAGAAACUAUAAAACCGCGUAUUAUGCGGCAAUUACAAACGUGGAUUGCACGAGUUCAUUUAUACAUACGUGGCACAUCACAUUAUUUUCAAAUAAAGUGACAAAUGGAACGAAGCUAUGUGGAGAUCCACAAUAAAUUGACUUCCAUCAUCAAUUGUUGAUUGAUAAUGGCAUAAAUCACUUGCGGUGUACAAUCACUCUCUAGAUGCGAAUAUAUUUUUUAUUUGUUAGUUUUGAUAUAGUUUGCAAACAAAAUUUUAUGUUGUGUCUCCGUUUGUUCGCAUUAUACUUGACUAAUAACAUAAUAAAACGGAAGGAAGAUCGAUAGUUCGAAGGAAAAUGUAUUCGGUGUGCUUAACGGCUUUCUUUAUCGUGUCGAUAUGCAACUUGACCGUUCAGCAGCCAACGUUCUUCAGAAGCACAUUCAAGGGGUUGAGCGGUCUCACACCAAGCGCCGUUGCACUCAUGAAAGACGAGAUACGAGCCGUUUAUUAUCAUGAACAGACAGUGGCGGUAGUCGAUCUCGGACCGAGAAAUGAACUACAUGAUUGUAAUAUAAUCGAAGUAUAUGAGCCGUCUGAGGCUACAGAAGUUUUGCGAAACUUAUCAAUGACUUUAUAUCCACAAAUGGUGUCCUUCCAGGAGAUAACGAGACUCAUGCAACAAUGUGAAUUGUUGGACAAAUUACAGGUGGAGGCCACGUCCACUUUGCCUACAAACGCAUUAAGUAGAGGAACUCGCAUAGCCGCGAGUUCCAUAACUCUGUUUUCCGGCAUUCUGCCAGGUACAAAAUGGUGCGGCACGGGCGACAUAGCCGAAAAUUAUCAUGACUUGGGCGAUUUACCUCAUAUUGAUAGAUGUUGUCGUAAUCACGAUCUCUGUCCAAUAAAAGUACGAGCCCAACAGACCCGAUACAAUCUCACUAAUUAUUCAAUAUUCACUAAAUCACAUUGUACUUGCGACCAAACUCUUUAUCAAUGUUUAAAAGCUGCUAACCAUCCAACAGCAAAUUUUAUGGGACAAAUAUACUUUAAUAUCGUUAAAGUGCCGUGUAUAGAAGAUAUCGGAAGAAAUCGAUAUCCAUUAAGAAAAUUUGUACCUGUAAAAAGGGAAUAUUAAUUAUAAGAUACUAGC